GUCUAUAGGUGACUUUUUUCAUCAUUAAGGCAUCUUCACUACCGUUAUUUUAGUUGUAUUAGAUAAUGACCAUCAGGUACCAGUUGGUACACAAUUAACGCCAUUUACGGCGUGGGAUUGGCUUCUGCAUUCAUUAGCAGUGCACCUCUUUCUGCGAGUUAGCGUUCUUUGCCGAUUUGUGUCAGUGUGUAACGGUCGAUGCUGCCCUGCGUGCCUUGUAUUUCAAUUUGUUGUGGUUUCUCCGUGAUCUCCAGGAUCAUUUCUUCAAUAAGUUUGUUUUUUCGAAUUGAGAAGGGCUAUUUAAACAUUGUUUUUGCAAGAGAAGCAGCAAGAAACAAUGGAUUCAGAUUCUUCUUUGUUUGAAGAAUUUGAUAUGACUGCAGUUUCACCCGUUAAGAAACGGAGGAGGUACCUAUGCCAUUUGGGGAAUGGAAAGGGAAAGAAAGCGACCACUGCAUCGAGGAGAACUCCGAGGAGGCAAGGAACGCCAGUUGCAAAGCGUCGAUCGGAGGACCAACGUCAAGAACAUGAAAACGGAGAUGCUGAAGGAGAUUUUGGUGCUGCACACAUCGAUACUUCAGCAGAGGAGCUAUGCGCAACUGAAGAGUCAAACCAUCAAGGUUCUACCGGAAGUUCCUGGAGCAACCGAUGUGACGCUGAAGCGCGUCACUGGGAAGCUGAGCGGAAUGAGCGGUUUCAACAGUACUUCCAUGCGAAGGCUGUGCCCAACAGUGCGGUUUGUCUUCACUGUGGUCAACCGGCCACGAGCUUGUGCCUGGACUGCGACAAGACGUUCAGCUGUGAAAGCUGUGAUGUCAAUGAGCACCAGUGGAAGCCUCUCCAUCGCCGAUUGGCCUGGACACAGGGAUACCUGAUGCCGCUCAAACCCCAGGAGGCCGUUACAGAGACGGGAGAACUUGUCAAGAAAGCCUGCAGUAUUCCAUUGCAAUGCUGCUCGAGCUGCGACAUUUGUGGCGGCUCCUUCGACCUUAGGGGGAUAUCGACGAGUGACAUCAUUGUCAUCACCGAGCGAGGGCGGUUGGAUCUCAACCUGCCUGUCUGGGUGUGUGAGGCGUGCAACAAUCGUCAAAACCCAUUGGACGCCGACUUCAUGGCCAGCGGCUACUUCAGAGGCACGCCUUGUCAUACCUCCACCAUAUUCUCCUUGGAAGUAUUCCACCUCUGGAGAAACCUGAAGAGCCUCUCACCUGGAACAUCACUAGCUGCUUUUGCCAUGUCUCUAGAGAAAAUGGGCCAGCUCGGUGGAACGUGUGCACCAGUGGAUCCGGAACGUUUCCAGAAGGCCUACUCUGAAUGGUCGUACAUGGUGUUUGAGGCCAGGCGUGUCGUUGGACAUGAAGACUUCCAGUGCCAUGCUUGUGGACCCAAGCCUAUGUGCGUUCACGUGGACGGCAAUGGAAAGCUCUACCGUUUUAAAUCUGCUGGUGGAGACACGGACAGGCGACCUUACCACGACGGCUCAUGCAUUGCCAGCAAGGAAGACGUGGACGCACACGUUGAGAGGCUGGCGAGCAUCGGCAAGGUCAGCACCCUCUGCGGGGCGUCCACGUGGUCAGCCGCGCGAAACUCGUCUAGCGUGUUGAGUGCUAGACGCUCCCAAGACGUCACUGGACUGUGCCUGGCUACCUGCCGGCAUAGCGUGGUGCUAUCAGCACUGGAUAUGUAUCGGGGCGAAAUAUAUGCCUACGCUCACUUCCUGCACCAGUUCAGGUUCCCAAACGUGCCCUUCUUUGCCUACGACGUGGUCUGCCAGUAUUGGAAGUGGCUGCAGGAUGUGCAUCGCAAGAUGCCGGAGCUCUCCACACAGUCACUUCCAUACUUGAGCGUCAUGCACGCCACAGGCCACUCUUAUCACUGCCAGAUUACUUACGGUGGCUUCUGGCAAGAGGGCUCUGGAUGGUCGGUCAUGGAGACCACAGAGAUCGCCAACGCCCACCUGAGUAGAGCCGGCAACACAACGAAACACAUGUCGAGGGCUCAGAGGGUCGACGAAUUAACCGACCAGAUCCUCUACUGGAAUGCACGGAGGCGAGAACGACUGUCGCGGGAGCUCACCGAGCGACUUCAGCGGAUGGAAAAGCAGGCGAGGGACCUUGAAGAAGAGCUGGAGGGUGCCCUAGCCCGAUUCACGAUUGACCGCGAGUCUCUUAGCCGAUACGUUGGGGAGCUUCGCACUCUGGCAAGGUCUCUCGAGAGCAGUGCGAGGUCCUCCAACGUCAACGUCCAACAGCUUCGAGACUCGAUAGAGCUCCUCAGCGCCAGCAUACAGGCCAAGACGAAGAUGAUAAGCCGUGAUGCCGACACGUCGAAAGCCCGGACUCGCCUUCGUCGCCUUAGGCGCGAUGAGAGUAGCAGGCUGUCGCGGCUUCUCAUCAGAUAUGAGGAGCUCACCGGCACAUCGGUCUCGGUAGGUGACUGCAUAACCGGGCAGAUUACAUGGGAAGCAGCGAACGGAGAUGAGCCAGAUCUCCGUAAAAAACGCUUGGUGUGUGAUCUGUUCAUGCGUCUAUCGCGCACAAAAGAGGAAAUCGACAUCUUGAAGGCUGAGGGAGACAGGCUGGAAGCCCGCCGGAGUGAUCUACGCCUGUACAUGAACGAACAGGUCGGCCAGAUAGACAAUCUCCUGGCUACACCCAUCUCGGAGCGUCCGCCGUUAGGAACCCCAAGCACGAGGUACGAAUUGGUACACCCUUCUGAUGGUGUUCUUUCCGGCCUACGAGCUUUCUUUUUAGAAUCGAGUGCUUCCUUGUAAACAACGGGUGUACAAGCCAGCUAGUAUUUGGAAAGUUUGUACUCCCAUAGCUUCAGUGUUUGAACUUAGAUAAAGAUUAUACCUUUUUGGCAUAUGUAUAAAUUGCAACAUUAGUUGCCAGUUGUCAAAGGAACAAGCCGCUCUCAUCAGGCGGUAUACAGCCUGGCUUCACCAUCAUGGCUCAUGCACAAGCGAAGAUCACUCUGGCGGACUUUCCAGCCUGUCACCCUCAGCCUUUAACCCGCGCCCCGCUGGGGGUCAUGGAUUUCCACGCCCUGCUGGGGGGGUUGGGGUGUUAAAACACCGCCUUCUAACUCGGCUCCUGGGCCACGUAGCGAUACGGGGUCAUUGGCCAAAAUUCGCCGAUUUCUCCGUAAAAUUUAGACAAUUUUAAACAAAUGGACACUAGUAGAGUUACAGCGCCGCGGGCGGAUGGAAAAGCGCGCAUUUGAUACGUACCCUUUCAACGCUCUAUCUGAGUAAUUAUCUCAAAUUUGACCUACCGUCAACGGUUUUGCCUGCAGGGGAAAGUAAAUAGUUCAAUUUUAACCCGCGCCCUGGGGGGGGGGGGGUGUUUGAACCGCCUGUGGUUUUUCGCGAAUAUCUCAAAAAACGGCGACGCCGUUUUUGGCACACCUUAUCACACAUCAAUGGGAGGUGACGCGUUAUUUUCGCCGCUAGGGGCGCUCAUGUCGCAAGGGCCGAUCGGGACUCGGGAGCAUGGCGGCUGGCAUUUGAAGGUUGAGGUG